GGGGGUCCGGGUGUGGGGAGUCGGGGUGCAGCCAGACGGAGCUAGGUCGGGCAGCCAGGUAAUAAUUUCAAGAUGCCGGGGCGUUCCAGUUCCAGUUCAGGUUCAGCUGGUUUUAUAUCCUUCAGCGGUGUAGAAUCUGCUCUCUCCUCCUUGAAAAACUUCCAAUCCUGCAUCAGCUCUGGAAUGGACACAGCUUCUAGUGUUGCUUUGGAUCUUGUGGAAACUCAAACUGAAGUGAGUAGUGAAUACAGUAUGGACAGGGCAAUGGUUGAAUUUGCUAUGAUGGAUCGGGAACUAAACCAUUAUGUCAAGGCUGUUCAGUCUGCGAUAAAUCAUGUAAAAGAAGAACGUCCAGAAAAAAUACCAGAUCUAAAAUUAUUAGUGGAGAAGAAAUUUUUGGCUUUACAGAAUAAGAAUUCUGAUGCAGACUUUCAAAAUAAUGAAAAAUUUGUACAAUUUAAACAACAGCUGAAAGAAUUAAAGAAGCAAUAUGGUCUUCAAGCAGACAGAGAAGCUGAUGGAACAGAAGGAGUUGAUGAAGACAUGAUUGUGACCCAAAGUCAGACCAACUUCAUCUGCCCCAUUACACAGGUGGAAAUGAAGAAGCCAGUGAAAAAUAAAGUGUGUGGCCACACCUAUGAAGAGGAAGCCAUUGUUCGCAUGAUUGAGUCCAAGCACAGGCGGAAGAAAAAGGCCUGUUGCCCUAAAAUCGGCUGUAGCCACACGGUGAGGAUGUCUGAUCUGAUCCAGGAUGAAGCACUCAGAAGGGCGAUUGAGAGCCACAACAAGAAAAAGCACCGGCACUCCGAGUAAGGGAAGCCGCCUGCCCGCCAGCAGGGCGUCCGUCCGCAGCCUACCUCCUACCCCAGCCUCCGGAGAGCCCUGCUUCUCAGAGCAGGUCG